GUUGAAUUCAGGGCGUUGAAGACCGCCCUUUAGCCUGUCGGCAUGGGAAGUGGCUGCCUAGCCUCCCCAUGAGCUUCAGACGUGCAUCUGUUUUGUCGAAUCCUGAGAAGCCCCGCUGACGAGGCCCUCGCUGUCCGGGGGUCUGUGAGGCAGCGCUUGGAGGACGUGCAUUGGACGGUGGCGACGAGACGCCGUGUCUCUCUCGUGCGCUUCGUGAGAGACGUUGCGCGUUGACGGUUGGUGGCUGCCCGGCACUCGCGACCUUCGGCGCAUCGCUGGGAGGACGGCAACGCCUCCCUUUGGCCGGUGUCAGACGGCGGGAGAGGCCCUCUUCGCUGCGUGAUCGGUGAGCAGAUGCACGAAGGGAGGGAUGCAUGCAUUGCGUGGUUGAGGUUGUCGUGUGGGUGCUGCACGGCCGUGUGGAUGUGGUGUGGUGGUUGUUGAAGAGGUGCCUUGAUGGAUGGAUGCUGUAUUGGCUGUUUGGGUCUCUGUGCGUGUGUGAGGUUGCAGGCAGUAUAGAGAUCUUUGUUGAGAACCCGAGAACCUCACAAGGAGCUGGCAACAAGCGGCUUCAGACAGCGGUGAGUGGCCGAUCGGCUGCUCGUGUGGUGUGCGCAUGCCCUCUGUUCAUUUUGGGUGUGUUGGUGUCUAUUGUGUGCAGAUCUGUCGGACACGAGUCUCCCUGCCAGAGAUCCCGUAGCGCAUCGCAUUCUCCGAUCAGUCAUCAGGUAUGCGAACCUCCCCGCUCAAGCCAACAUGCACCGCCUCUUGUCGAAAUGCAUCCCUCCAUUCGCUUCUGUGUUGUUCUCUCAGAUCGCUUAGGUUUUGUCCCACCAUGUUCGACGAUUCGAAUGACGACCCAGCCCCUGCCCCUGCCCCUGCCCCUGCCCCUGCUGCUGCUGCGGCGGCAGCUGCACCCGCUACCAACACCAAUACCAACCAGGACGCCAUGUCGGCCGACUUUUUGCCGCGCGAGCUCAUCUUCUACUCGUUCGAGUUCGCCCACUCGAUUGACGUCAUCAAGUGCGGGCGCGUCAACCAGCUCUUCCGCGAGCUGACCAACGAGACGCGGGCCUACCGUCUGCUGUCGAUCGGCAAGGAGACGGCGUGGACCAAGCUCAACGAGACCAUCAUCGACUCGCUCCGUCCCCGGCUGACUCAGACGGUGGAGAUCCAGGUGCGGCGGGAGGGCGAGGCGCUGUCCAGCAACCACCUCGGCACCAUCAUCGAGAUCCCCACCACCACACUCGAGAACCUCACAUUCAUCGGACCAUGGAGGGAGAGUGACACGCGACCCCCACCCCACCCCCCACACGACUACGACGGGCCACUCGACUGGUUCGGCCGCCGCGGCAUGUACGACGCAGGCCCUGGCGUCGGCCCGCCGCACCCAUUCCACCACAUGCCCGGCAUGGGCCGAGCCAUGCGCCAUGGCCCGGUGGGCGGGGCCACACUCACCAUCACCGGACCGGGCGGCAGAGGCCAGGCCGCUGCGGCCGGCGGGGCUGCUGCCGCCGCAGCUCAGACACAGACACAGACAGGCGGGGCCACACAGACCACCGUCGUGACAUCGUCGACCACCGGUGCACAGACGUCGGGAGCGGCGGCUGCAGCAGCGGUGAGCAGUGCGGGUGCCGCGUCGGCCCCUGCGACCAGUGGGCCGACCGCCUCCCCCCCUCCACCCCCUCCCCAAAGCGGACCAGGCCCCAUCAGCCCCUUCGCACCUAUGUCCGCGGCCGCGGCGGGGAUAAUCAACACAUCAACACCAUCGGGUGCGUCGGGUGCAUCCAGUGCGGUGGCCAACAACACGUCGAGCAGUGCGGGUGCGGUCAAUGCGACCACGAGUGCCACCACGAGCGGCGCCGUAGGCGUGGCGGUGACGGUGUCGGCGGGUCCCGCCUCCGCGGGUCCAGCGCCGCUCACGAGCAGAGCAGUGUGGAUGGACCGUCAUGGGGGCGAGCGGGUCCGCAUGGGAGGGCCCUUCAUCCCUCGUCUGCGCGAUCGCGAUCGCGAUGGGCGCGCCAGCGAUGGGCCGGCUGCGACACCAGCAGCAGCAGCUGCGGCAACGGUGGGAGGGGGCGGGGGUGCGGUUGGGCGGCAGGCAGCGGGCGGCGGUGCAGCCGCGGCUGCUGCUCCUUCUGCUUCUGCGUCUGCUUCUGCGUCUGGGACCGCCACCGCGACGGAAGAGAAGCAGCCGGUGGUGUUCAGCAGCCUCCGUUGCGUGCAGAUCGGUGACUCGGGUGAGGGCUGCUCGCAGUGCGUGCCGCUGGCCCUCGACCGUCGGUGGCAGCUGACGGCACUGGAGGUGCUGAUCAUCAUGGGCGACUCGCCACGCAACGAGCGCCUGGAGCGGUGGACGGCCUGGGUGCGCCACACCAAGAAGCUGCGCGAGCUGGUGCAGCAUCUGCGGGACUCGCACCUUCUGCACGCGCUGCUCGAGGCGGCGGCGUCGCUGGAUGACCUCACGACCAUCGACGUGCCCAGCCCCAAUCGGCUGAGCCACGAGGCCGUGGAGACCAUGGCGACCCGCCAGGCGCCCCUGCAGACGCUGCGGGUGCAGAGCGUCAAUACGCGCAUGCCCGACCACCGGGAUGGCAUCAACUUCCUCAACAACCUGUGCACCAGAUUCCAAACACAAGGUGAGCACGAGGGCCGGCGAGGGCUGCCAACAGAUCCUUAGAUCCACUCAAGUGUUGUCCUCUGUUGUUUGUCAGGUCGUCGUUUCGAGAUAGUUUGCCCGAAGUUGCUGCUCGCGUUUGGGAUGGACACCACCACAGCCGAUCGCACGCCGUCGGGCGGUGGCGGUGGUGGUGGAGGGGGCGGAGGAGGCCCCAGGGGCCGCCUCACAGGCUUGCCACAGCCGCCUCCUCCUCCCCCAGCACCCACAUUCCCAUCACACCCACUCCCGGCACUCGGCAACUCCCCACCCGCACCAGCACUGCCCCCUGCGCCCCCCGCCAACGGCGCAUCGCUCGUGUCCAACCCAUCCCGUGCCGAGCGCCGCAGGGCCGUCCUAGACGACGAGGACUCGCCCACAUCGUCACCCGACCGACGAGACUGGGGGUUCGACGUCCGGACGACUGGCGGUGCGGCGGGAGGGGCAGGGGGGCUGCGUGCUGGACCCCUCGGCCGUAGGAGCUGGCUGCGUCGGCGAGCUCGUCUGCGUGGCGCUGAUGACCCGCCCUGGGUGAUGGUGGGUGCCAGCCGUGUGGACAGGGACCGCGACGAGCCGCGGACGGAGAGGGACAGGGGCAACCGAGACAUGGACGACAUGGAGGAAGACUUCAUUCCCAGGUUCGCCCGCCGAACCGCCAACUACACGGCCGGCAGUGGUGCCAACACCACUGGGGCGGCCGCGGCCGCGGCCGCAGCAGCAGCAGCAGCACCGGCUGCUGCACCGCUGGUCAGUCGCCCGGUGGGAGGCGGAUCGUCUGCUGCUCAGGGGGGCCAGGUGGCCGUGAGUGGUGUGGCACAGGCAGGAGUGGCGCCAGUGACAUCGUCGGCGGCGACUAGUGGGUCGGGGCAGGGGCGUGGGUCCCUCUUCGACGCCCUCUUCCCAUCUGCAGCCCCGCGUAGCAACCCCCCUCCCCCUGCCCCUCCACCACCCCCACCACCCGCUGCCAGCAACGCAGGGGCAGGACCGGCCGUUGCGGGCGCCAUCACCAGCUCUGCGGCCGGUGUGUCAUCGGACGCCGUCAUGGCGCCAGCGGACUCGCCCCCUAGAGCUUCCCGUGUGAGUGGUCGGUUCGGUUCGCGUUUCUCCGGCCUGCUGCCCAUGUCUACCCAGGGGGGCGACGAGGUGGCGCGGCCCCUCCGAGCGGGCGAUCUGAUGAUGUCCCCUCCCCGGCUCCCGACAGAGGACCGCGCCGACGAUGUAGACAUGGCGGCGCCGUCGACCGACACGGUCAUGGCCAGUGGAAGCGCCAGUGGGAGUGGUACCACCUCGGCAGCAGCAGCGGCCGCCGCGGCACCCAGCAGCAUGUCCGUCACUAAGAGCGAGGAGGGCGACAGCAGCAACAGCAACAGCAACAGCAACAACAAUGGCAGCAACAGAGGGGCGGGUGCGGGUGAGGUGGCGCGGCCCAGCCCGGCCGCCCGUCGCAGGUCUGGGGGCAUCGUGGGGGCGCGUCGCGUCCGUCGCGAUGAGGAUGACGACUUUUUUGACGAUGACGAGGACUUCUUCAUGGGCCGAUACCGGCGCGACCGCGACAGAGACCGAGACCGAGACAGGGACAGGGAGAGGGAGGAUCGCGAGCGUUUGGGGAUGCGGCGAUUCAUGGCGCGCAUGGAGGACGAGGAUGACGACUGGUUCGACGCCAUGGACAUCGACGAUCGCAGCCCCAGGAACGCCAGACCAGCCAUGCCACCCCCACCCCCGCCACAGCAGACCGCGGGAGGUGCCACCCAGGGGCAGGCGGCCGCUGCGAGUGCGAGUGCCAGUGCCAGUCAGGGGGCCGCCACAACCACCAGUAGCGCAGCUGCAGCAGCGGCAGCUGCUGUCGCGGCACCGCAGGUCCCUGCGUCGGCCACGCACACAGCCAUCUACCCGGGCCCCGUGCCUGUGCCGGGCCACUUCCUGCUGCUCAACACCAACCCACCGCCGCCAUUCCUCAACACACAGGUGGGUGGGUGGGUGGGUGGGUGAAUCAGUGGCUGGAUGGAUGGAUGUGGGUGGAACGAAAUGAAUAAUGAGAGGCAUGCAUCAUCGAUCCGAUCAUGGGCUGUCUGUCAUUUUGUGUGCGUGUGCGCAGAAUCCUGGUCCCCCUGUUCCGGGUGUGGCUGCCAACCCGCCCCCCAUCCUCCCGGCGCCGCCCAUCAACCAGCCCCCGGCCACGACCGUGGCGACGGCCAACGCUGCCAACCGCCCGCCGCCCAUGUCUACGACUCGACAGCUGCGUUUCGUCAUCGAGAAGAUGCCCCUCUUCGCCAAACACGCCAGCGAAGUGCGCGUCAUCGCCACACCGCAGGUACCUUUGUUUGUAUGGAUGUCUGUCAGAAGAUCGCCCACACGGAUGGUCGCAUACUUGACGUGUGUGGGGGGGUGUGAUCACAUCAGGGCACCGAGCGUUUGGUUGACGGUCGCCCUGAGGGUCGUGUGGUGUUCACGCAGCUGGUGUCGAUGACGGUGGAGUUCCCCAUGACCCACCAGGGCUCCUACAUCCUCGCCCCAUCCAUCGCCGAGGCCUUCUACCCCACACUCAAGAAACUCACCAUCCAGGGCGUCUGGGACAACAGCAACGGCCAGACGCGGCCACAGGGGGGCGGGGGAGGGGGAGGGGGAGGCGGCGGGGUCACAUCUGCCUCUGACCGGUCGGUCAGUGGACAGGGGAGUGGUGACUCGCUGACGGCCAUGGAUGAGGGCCGCGCGUCGCCGUCGAGUAGCUCGUGGGACUGCGACGGGCUGCACAAGCUGCUCAUGGGGCUGUGGAACCUGGAGGAGCUGUCGUUCGGACGAUUCCCGCCACCUGACCUGCAGGUCCGUACACACAACACAACAAGAGAGAGAGAGAGAAUCCAUCACUCUCACACACACGCCCAUUCGGCUGUCUGUCGGUCUGUGUGCGACUUGGCGGAUUGAUCAGGUGACGAUUUUGACGUCGUUCCGUCAGCCCAAGUUGAAGGUGCUGAGCCUGGUGACGAGCGAGAAGGACCUCGGGAAGCUCUGCGACGCCCUCGUGCAGGCCUCCAAGUCAUCAGAAGACGGCGAGGGAGGCGGCCUGCCGGUCGUCCAGACCUUCCGCAUCAACACCUACGAGCCGUACGUCUUCGACUCGGCCCUGCGGCUGCUGCCCGAGGUGCUGGCCCUGCCGUCAAUGCGGCAGCUGCGGCGCCUGGAGUUUGCCGGCUCGCUGGUGGACAAGUGGAGCAACCGGCGUGAGCCGCUCAUGGCGGUGCUGUUUGGGGCCGGCUUCAUGCUGGCCGGCAUCAGGUCGGGGCCCGAAGACGUCCGAUGCGUCUCCUUUGUGCCCACAUAGAAAGACAUCAACCCUAAACAAGCUAGAGAGAUAUGCUAGUGUGUAACGGAAUGCAUGUGGGCGUGUGGCUGGGUGCUCACUCCCUUGGCUGGCUGGCUGCGUGUGCUGGUGGUGUGUGGGGAUGCCUGUGGGUGGCUGGGUAGCUCCUGGUGUCUACCUGCGUACGCACACGAAGGGCCGGGCAGGGCAUUGUGUGGUGUGGCAGUGCAGUCAGUGGUCUCCUUUUUUGUCUCUGUCGGUCGCCCUGAUCCCAUCCAUCCAUCCCUGCUGGCUGAAUUGUGUGGUGUGUGCUGUGUUGACGGGGUGGGGGGCGGGUCGGGGCGGAUGCUAUGCUGCGGUGUGGUGUGGAGUGGGUUGGCGGGAGCAGUCCACUUGCAUGGCGUAUACGAAUGGUCCAGUCAAGAGAGAGAGACGGUUUGUUUUCCUUUCUGCUAUCUCCGGCGUGUUAAUGUUUUUGCGGCAUUUGUCGCCGACGGUCACUGAGAGACGAGACGGCAACGCAGCCGUCCGUUGCUGCGUGGCCCGGCUGUCGGCGAAAGGAGGCAGCAGCAGGGGACACAGCACAGCGCGGGACACAAAACAUCAGCAGUGAGUGUACCUGGCAGUGUUUUCUCUCUUCUCUCUUCAACCAAGCGAGCAGUCGUGUAUCUGCAUGCCUUUUGUACUCACCAGACUCACCCCGACUCACUCACCUUUUUGCUCUGUGAGACGGGAUGGAUGCAUGGAUGGAUGGACGGAUGGAUGGAUGAACCGGCCAUGCUCUCUCCAUCGAGGGACUCGACACGCGCCGCACCUCUCACACGCACGAGGGAUCGAUUUUUGGGACUCGAACGAGCAGAGCAGUGAGAUGGGUGGCUAGUGGGUACGGUAGGUACCGUCACGCUCUCACUGGGUUUCUUGCACACACACGCACACCACACAUGGACGGACCAUGUCUUAUUGCCGCUGUUGGCCUCAUUUUAAGGGGCAUUCUGCCGGCUGCAUGCCUGCCUGCCUGUGUAAUCCAAUGGCUUGCCCCACUUUCUGGGUGUUCGUGUGCAUCCCUGCCUGCCUGCCUGCGUGCUGACUCUUGCGUGCACCGUGCAGCAGUGGGCGACGGUAGAGAUUGAGGGGUGGGGGAAGCAGGCGGACACGGACUGACACACAGACAGGGGACGAAUGAGUGAGCGACACUGCUUAUGUGUGUGUGUGUGUGGAGGGGGGGGAGGGGGGGAGGAGUGUUUAAUCAAUGAGUCUGUCCCUGGGGGCGAACGAAAUGAGCACACCACACACAAACCUGCCUGCAUAUGAAUAUUUGUAACAUGACUUAACAUGAUGGGAUUGCCGAGCCUGCUGGCCGGAGCAAUGCAUUCGAGUGCCGUCUGGAAGGGGGUGAAGUCGGCCACGUCGAUGGUCUGCUGCACCCCCUUGCCUUCGGCCGCGUGAUGCAUCGCACCAACUGGCAGAGAGGCAGCCAUCUCCACCUCUACUCUGUCUCGCUCUCCUAGUGCUUCUGUUCGCCUGCCUGCCCGCCUGUCUGCCUGUCCGAUUUUCGUUGAGCGUACACAAAUCUCUCUGUCCGCCACUCUCUCCCUAUCCACCCACACACACGUGCUGGUUGGUUGGUUGGUUGGUCGAAUGGAUGUUCGGUUCGGUGGCCGGUUUGUCCUCUCUUAUUCACCUCACUCACCGCGAGCCCAAUGCAAUGAAUGCGUGUGUGUAUGUGGUAUGGUAGCGAGCCAGCCAGGGCAACACGACACGACACAACACAACACAACAAGGCCCACGGUUCUCUCUCAGACCAUUGUAGACUGUUUGUCUGAAAGUGUGGCUGCCUGUCUCUCUCUGUCUCUGUCUGCCAGAACGUGGUGCUGUUUAAACUGAUGUGACGCAUGAUGGAUGGAUGGAUGGCUGGAUUGGUGUGAACUCAACAACCACAGUGAACCGCAGUGGCUGCAUG